AUGGCAACUACCGGCAGUUUCCGCUAUCUCGAUCCGACCACGCUCGGAAACACCGACAGCGGAAAGCCAUGGAGCAAGGUCGACGUCGACGCCACCUCGUGGAAGCGCAUUGCCGUCGAACGUCCCGUCCAUGACAUGCGCGCCGAGGGUCUUGAGAACUUCACCACCGACAACUGUGGCUUCGCAGUUUACCAGCACCCGGCGGCCGAGAAAGACUUUACCGACGACAAGGCCGUCCGCGAGGGUUACUAUUCCGAGGUCGAGUCUUUGCUCAGGGAGAAGCUGCCGGGCAUCAAAAAGAUUGUCAUAUUCGACCACACCAUCCGCCGUCGGACGCCCGACAGCCCUCGACAGCCUGUGCAGGCCGUCCACGUCGACCAGACGCCCGCUGCCGCCGAGGCCCGCCUGCGUCGUCAUGUCACGGAUCCGGCCGAGGCAGAGGAGCUGGUCAAGGGACGGUACCAGAUCAUCAACGUUUGGAGGCCGAUAGGAUGGCCGGCGUCAGAUUACCCCCUUGCUGUGAUCGACUGGCGCUCAACAGAACCCAAGGACCUGGUUGCCGUUGAUCUUCUGUACCCGAAGCGACAGGAGGGGCAGGACGACGAUGACCGCGGGAAGGAGGUCCUGGCGGAUCCUGCAUCUCUGGCUAGCACCGAGGGGUACGAGGUCAGAGGCGAGACGUACGCCAUCACUCCUAAUGACAAGCAUAAGUUCUACUAUGCCAAGGACAUGACCCCAGACGAAGUCAUGUUUAUCAAGUGCUUCGAUUCGAGGAGCCAAGGGCGGCCAAACGGGCGGGAGGGUCUCGCCGCACUGACGCCGCAUACGGCCUUUGUCGAUCCGGCCACACCGCCCGACGCUAAGGGCAGGCAGAGCAUUGAAGUGCGCUGCUUGGUGUUUUACGAGUAA